AUGGAGCUGCCUCGUUUGGGGGAAGGUGAAUUAUUGGAGCAAUGCAGAGAGAAAAAGAACCGUCCAUGCCAAGCAACAGGCGUUAUCUCCUUCGCCAAAACCUUGAAAUUCAAAGCCAUCGGUGAAUUAUCCUCCCAAACGCCUCACCACGUUACCGAGGGCAUUGAAAUGAUAAGGGAUAAAGUGUCUGGCGUUAGUCAUUCCGCUCUGGAUAUGCCACCACGCGCAUUUCGACAGAUCCGAUACCAGUCCAUCGGCCCCGAAGGGAUGAAAGGCUUGAUGGGCAUUGGAGUGGAAUCGAACCUCCGAUCAAUCAUUCUGCAACCGCAGCAGAACUUCCUACCGAUUGAGUCCGGAGAUUUGCGAUCAAAGAACAACCGAAGAACAACCGAACCGAUGCCAGGUCAUGAGCCAGAGACGGGAACAAGUGGUAGUCGGACGAAGCAAUGUUCGCACAGUACGGUGAACGAGGAAGGAUGUCAAGUAUUCGGCACUGAAGCCCCUUCUGAGCGGUCUGUGCGCGCUUGGUUGCAGCGCUUCGAAGCCGGAAACAAGAAACUCGAAGAUGAACCUCACUCUGGUCGACCCACUGCAAUAUCGUUCGACGAACCGAAGAAUCUGGAGGAGCAGCAUCUAUGUGAAGGUGUGCGGUAUUUUGCUGCCAAUCUCGGCUGUUCGCUGUCCACAGUGAGCAAUGGACUGCGAUCUCUCGGAAUGGUGAAAAAUCUCGGUCAGUGGCUCCCACAUGCAUUGAGCGACGGCAAACGCCAAAGACGUCUGGACAUCUGCACUCAGCUGCUCUCCAGAACCCACAGAAUCGACUGGCUGGACAUCACUGUCACUGGAGAUGAAAAAUGGGUCCUCUACGUCAACCACACCCACAAACAUCCGUGGCGAAGAAAUGCCGGAUCGCUGAGCGUCUGGUGGGGAGUUUAA